CUCGCUCCUGACGAACGACCCCGGCGCCCGAACGUCUGCAGAAGCUGGUUUCCCGCGUCUCAGCCCCGGCCGCGUUACUGUAGCUCCAGAGGAAAGGCAGAGGACAGUACCAAGCCCUCCACGGGGAUACCCUGUCCGCCAUGCUGCGUCUGAUUUUUUGGUUGCUCCUGGCCUCGAGCGCCUGUGCACAACAGACGGUGCGAGAAAGGCAGCAGUCCAACUUGCAAGAUCAGCAGUUUUCCCAACCUGCCGUGACGCCCUCCCGCCUCUCGCAGCAGCCUUUCCUUGGACAAGACUCCUUGGUGCAGCCUUUGCCAGUGGUGCAGCAAUCCUUCGGGCAGCAGACACCAGGAGUCCUUCAGGCACAGCAGCCCGCCCGCCAGAACCAACUAGGACGUCUGAGGCUGGAGGAAUUGCGGAGGCAGCAGGAGAUUCAGAGGCGACAGGCAGCGCAGAGACAGCUGGAGGUGCGGAGGCGACAACUCGAACUUCGCCGGCAGGAAGAGAACCGAAGGAGAGAGGCAGCUCGCCUUCAGUUGGAGAGGGAGAGGCAAAGGCAAGAAGCGACUAUCAGAGGACAGGAGCGGCAGAGAGAGCAAGAGGAACUCCGACAGCGGCAGCAGAACCUCCGUCAGCAAGAAGUGGAAAGGCGUCGACUUCAAGCCAACAUACCAACUCUGGAUGACGUUCGAGACGGGCCCUUCCAGGACGGCACUUACUACUUCGGAUUCGCGACAGGGAACGGCAUUGUGAGGGAAGAGGGAGCUCGCCUCACUGGGCCCUAUACACAUGAGGUCACCGGGUCAUAUUCCUACACGGCUCCGAAUGGCGAGGUGAUCACCAUGGAAUACAUCGCCGACGAGAACGGUUACCGGGCUUACCGUGCGCGCCCUGGACGAAUUAAUCCAGUUAUCCCACCGAAUCGCAUCUUUGAGACACCGCCUUACCGUCCGCCCACCAAUUCGCCACUGCAGAACCGACCCUUCACAUCGAUAGCGAAUCGCCCGCGUCCCAACACCGCCUUUAGGCCUGCGACAACCCAGAACACUAAUCUGCCAAUUAUCGGAAACAAUCAACAGAACUUUAAUACCCAGAAUACUCCACGGCCACAGGUUUUCAGUGCCCCAAUUACUCCACGACCACAAGUUUUCAGUGCCCCAAAUACUCCACGACCACAGGUUUUCAGUGCCCAGAAUACUCCACGACCACAAGUUUUCAGUGCCCUAAAUACUCCACGACCACAGGUUUUCAGUGCCCAGAAUACUCCACGUCCUCAGACCUUCAGCUCCCAAAUUAUUCCGCGUCCACAGAGCUUCAACACGGUUCAACCACAAACCUUCAGUAACAACGCUAAUGCCAACUUCAACAACCAGGAUAUCCAACUUCCUCAGACUUUCAGUACUAACCAACCAGCCAAUACCUUCAGCGACCAGAAUGUCCAGACCUUCGGCACCAACACCUUCUCAAGGAGGGUGGGCCUGGAUGAGAUCUUGACCGUGCCGGAAGAGGAGUAUGACUAUGGCGGAACGCUCACCCAGGCUGUCUUGGGUGCGAGGCCUCCAAGUACAUUUGACAGUGUUCUAGACGUGUAAAUCUGUAUUUCAUUCGUUUCGCUACAGCUUCUUUUUACUUGGUUUACUACAGCUGCAUUUGAUUUGGUCCACUACAAUAGCACUUCUCUAUUUUUCUCUCCGAAGAACACUGCUGCGAUGACAGAUGGCUACGCAAAACCGUCCUGGUGGUUCAGCCUCCAAGAACAGUUGAGGGUAUUGUGGACAGCUGGGUCUGUCCGCCUGUAACUUGUUCGUUUUACUACAGCUGCAUUUGCCUAUCUGUAUGUGUUCUGGAUGUGAUUUUCGAGCAUUAAAUCAAUCCCUCAUUCGCUCGGCUUUGCGCUAGAGGUUAAAGGGCUCACCACCUCGUUGCUUCGGUGGUAUUCUGCGCGCAUGUGGCAUUAAAACUG